ACUGGCAGGGCUGUUGUAAUUGCCUUGGUGGAGGUGAUGGCGUCAUUCCGUGCCCUGGUGUAGCCUCCCGUGCUCCAAAGGAGAAGGGAGAAGGAUCUGAGGCCGAGGCGACCGUGGCUCUCGCGGCCGGGAUCGAGCAGCGCCAACCCGGACACCUUAUCCAGGAAAAUAUGGAGGCUGCGGCGGAGGAGCUGCGGGCCGGCUCCAGGAUCCCGGUGAUCAUCGAUCAAAUAGUUAACGACACGCUAGUGGUGACCCUCAGCUACCGAGAAAGGAGCUACACGGGGAUAUUGCUCGAUUCCAACAAAAAGACAGGGCUGUUCUGCCUGCCAGAUGUCCUUACAAAGCAAGAGGAGUCCCCUGCACCGAGGCCCUGCUCUGACGUCCCCCCCCUCGAACCCUGCUCCGAGCCUUCCAGUCAGACAGAGGCCGGACCCGACCCGGAGCCCAGACCGAGGGACGAGAACGCCCUUCCUGAGAAGACGCCGGCCCCCCUGCCCACCCCAGUGCCUGCGGGGCAAGCUCCGUACCCCCCGUACUUUGAAGGAGCCCCCUUCCCCCAGCCCCUGUGGGUACGGCACAGCUACGGCCAGUGGGUGCCGCAGCCCCCUCCCCGGCCAAUCAAGCGCAAGAAGAGGCGGAGCCGCGAGCCGGGCCGCAUGACCAUGAGCACCAUCCGGCUCCGGCCCCGGCAGGUGCUGUGUGAGAAGUGCAAGAACACGCUGAACAGCGACGAGGACAGCAAGGACACGCCCGGGGCCAAGGGCCCCAAGAAGGAGGACGCCGAGGGCAAGGAGGCCAAGCGGAGGGAGGAGCCGGCGGCGUUCGACGCCAAGAGGUGCAAAAGGGACAAGAGGGACGAGGAGAAGUUCCCCGGGGAGGUGGUCCCUCACAGCCCCGUCAUCAAGAUCUCCUACAGCACCCCGCAGGGCAAGGGCGAGGUCAUGAAGAUCCCCUCCAGAGUGCACGGCUCCGUCAAGCCCUUCUGCCCCAAACAGCAGGCCCAGGACGCGCUCGGGGACCCGGCCUCGGAGGACCAGCCGGCCCCUCUCCCGGACGGCCUGGGGACCUGCCCCACCGUCUCCAUCCCCAAACUCAAGCUCCCGAGGCCCCCCCAGACCGCCCACGACGUCCCGUCCCCCAAAAUCCGGCUGAAGCCGCGGGGGUCCGGGGAGGACAGCCUGUCGGUGUACGAGGCGGAGCUGGUGGGCGGGGCCAGGAGGCGGAGCCCCCGGGCGCAGGGCCACUCGGAGGACUCGGCGGAGAAGAGCUCCCUGGAGCAGUCGUCCGGUAGCUCCGGGGAGGAGGGCGACCGGCACGGCGACCUCACGCUCCUCAUCAACUUCCGCAAGCGCAAGGCCGACUCCUCCAGCUUGUCGGUGUGCAGCAGCGACAGCCUGGACGAGUCCAAGUCCUUCAGCUCGGACGGCACGUCCCCGGAGCUCUGCGACCUGGCCCCCGGGGACGACCUCUCCGUCACCUCCUCCUCGUCCUCCUCCCGGGACGGCAGCAAGACGGUGCCGCCCCUGACCGUGCGCCUCCACACCCGCAGCAUGACCAAGUGCGUGACGGAGGAGGGCCACGCGGUGGCCGUGGGGGACGUGGUGUGGGGGAAGAUCCACGGCUUCCCCUGGUGGCCCGCGCGGGUCCUCAGCCUCUCCUGCAGGAAGGGCGAGCAGCGGACGCAGGCCUGGCCCGAGGCCAGCGUGUCCUGGUUCGGCUCGCCCACCACCUCCCAGCUCUCCGUCUCCAAACUCUCCCCCUUCAGAGACUUUUUCCGCUCGCGCUUCAACCGGAAGAAGAAGGGCAUGUACCGGCGGGCCAUCGUAGAGGCCGCCAAGGCGGUGGGCCACAUGAGCCCCGAGAUCACCACGCUCCUCUCCCACUGCGAGACGUAGAGGCCGAAGUUGUGAACACAGUCCUCUUCCACAGCGAUCCCUGAACACUCGCACCUCCCCGGGGAGAGAGAGAACGAGAGAGAGCGCCUGCCGUUGCCAUGGUGACACCAAGGAAGAAGAUUUGGCGCCUCAGCCCCCUCCCGCCCCACCAGCGACGCGGGGGGAGCCGGGGGCCGAGGGCCCACAGGUGGAGCGGUGACCAGGUUAGGGAGGGCCACCCAAAUGUCACCCCUCCUGGACGACUCUGAACAAUUCCUGUUUUUGUUUUUUUUCCUCUCUCCAUUUCCUAUAUUUUAAUAGAGUGAAUAGCGACACUACAACGGCCGAAUGUAUUUAUUACCUACAACACUUUAGUGGAUCUUUUUACAAUCUAAGACCUUCUCACUGCUGCUGUUUUCCUGGUCCAUCCUCAGUCCCUUGUAUUUGUGACUGCCGGCCUCCACCAAUGAGUGACUGUCCCUUGUGGUCAUGUGACUGUUUGCCUCCACCAAUGAGUGAACUGAGCCGUCAUACCGAGGAAGUCAGGUCCGACCCUUGUGCCAUCCUCCUUUUGAAGCAUAUAAAUGCGUAUAUUAUAUAUAGAUAUCUAUAUAUUACUAAUGAGAAGUCUUAUCGUACGGUUUUCACUCUUGGGAUAUGAAAAUGAUGUGAAGCGGUUGUUGUUUUCUGAGGUCAUGCUGUAGGUCUUAUAAUAUGCAGUAUUCCUCUCUCAGACGAGCUGCAUUGUCAGACAGCCGUGUUUCUGUACUGUUUCCUGAAGUAUUACUUCCCUCCCGACCCGUCUGACUUUAUCCAAAUCUGUUAGAAACACGUCCUCGGCAGGGAGGAGGUCCCCCCCGACCCAACCCUGCUUCACUUUACCUAUUUAAUGUUUCAUGAAAAGAAAGCACUUUAUCUCUACCGUAGUGGCCUGCUGCAAACCAACUAUGAGUUUCUGUGUCACAACACUAACUGGAGUUGCAGUACUGACGAGCAGACGACAACGCUAGAUGGAAUGCAGUUGAUUUUUUUUAUUUUGUAUUUUUUUUUGGUUAUUUUUUUUUUUUUUUUUUUUUUUAGUUUGAGAGCAGAUUCCUUUGGAAGCUGGAAUUUAAAAGAAAAUACACACUUUUCGAGGGUGAUUGUCUACACUGUAUCCAUGAAUUUACCUGAACUGUACUGUGCAUUUUUCUCACCGUAAUUCCACUGGAGAAAUCAAAAGUUUGUCCUGUCCUAUGCAUCCCAUCUUGAUUAAAGCUUUAAAUGACUUGUUGUCAGAAUACUGUGAACUCUGGUACUGGUGUGU